AUGGAUUCGUUUGAUAAAGUAGUUGCAGUUUUGAUUUUACUUAAUGGCUUACUUGGAGUUGUAAUCAAUACUUUUGUUAUCUAUAUUUAUUUCAAUGGGUCUCAAGAUAAAAAUAGUUUCAAUUUGAUAUGUCUUUCUAGAGCAAUCAAUAAUAUUAUUAUGCUGGUUCUUGAGUUUUUACUUCUAUAUUUUCCAGUAUAUGUUUUAUCUAGUAAAGUUUAUCCCGAUAUUGUUACAAGUGUAAUUAACACCUUCACCAUCAAUUCAUAUCUUGUUAACCAACUUCAAACAGUUGCAAUUGCAUUGAAUCGAUUUAUUGCAUUAUUUGCACCAUUACGAUAUAAUACUUUGUGCAGUAACCAAGUCGCAUGGGUAGUUCUAGGAUUACUUUAUGCUCAAAGGGGUGUUGCGACUGUGGUGAAACUUUAUGAUUUGAUUAACAGUUGCCUUAUUCGCUUGAACAUCGGAACAUUUGCACAUAUGUUGAGCAAAAUUACAGUAAAAUUGUUCCAGUCGGCUCGGAUCUUAUUGUUUUUAUGCCGUAUGUUCUUGGCAAUAACUAUUGUCUUGAAUCUGAUGACAUUCGCGAAAAUUUUAAGAUUUUAUUUUAGCCUGGUAUCAGCAAAAAGAAAUAUGCGAUUAUUUUUGCAAACUGUAUUUCAGGACUCUUUAUAUUUAAUUGACGCUACAUUCACUUUUAAGCUCAGUACGUUAAGCUCCCAUCGAAUUUGGCAAUUCGUCAGUACAGUUUUCGUAUGGGAGUCGAUACAUUCUCUUGAUGGGCUAAUGUUUUCUGAUCGACUAUCAAUUUUGAGGACCCGGUUUCAGAGAUUGCGGUCAAAUCAGGUGUCUUCUACGGAUCGAGCUGAUCUGAAUGGAGGCAGGGCGCCACCGUCACUUCCAGAUGUUGGAUAA